AUGACUGGAUCAACGUUGAUCGACGAACUAAGCAAGGCUCCACAUGACGAAGUAUCCGUCGAAGAAGCAAUUAUUGAUGUAAGCGGUUCUCUCAAUCCGUGCACAGCCAGUCGCACUGUAUAUGACAUGCAUUUCAACACUCUCGCGGUCGACUACACUUCGCCCACGGAUGCCAUGCAUGGUCGAUUCUUUGCUGUGAACGAACUUACGGCACUCCUCGCUCAUCUCGUGAUGACGUAUGACGUGAGGCUGGAGAAAGAGGGCGAGGGUGAGUUGCCAUCCUCGAUGUGGUUCGGUCAGUCAUUGGCGCCAAACAUGCAGGCGGAGGUCAUGUUCCGCAAACGACGGUCAUGA